GCAGAUGAAUCACACAUCUUACUCUUUUCCCCCUCUAGUAUACCUUCAUAUCUUCAAAAGUGGGGGUAGUAAAAUAUGCUGUAAUUCUUUCAUUUUUGUCUCACAUUGUAUCCAGUUAUGGUGUUUCUUCGAACAAUACGCAUCUAAAAUGGAUAAAGUUGGUACCAGUAUACAUUCUAGUGCGGAUGCUGAAGUAUUUGAUGUACCUAUGAGCGUAAUUAUUAGACCAUUUCCUCCAGACGUUAAUGAAGAGAAAGUUCAAAGUUUGAUAAAUACCUUGAACAAUUCAGAAACAGAAUCCUUAGUACCACCAAUUGAUAUAUUGUGGAUUAAAGGUAGUGAAGGUGGUGAUUACUACUAUUCUUUUGGUGGUUGCCAUCGAUACACAGCUCACAAACAGAUUGGCAGGCAGUUUAUAAAAGCGAAAUUAAUUAAAUCUACUAUAACAGAUUUGCGAAGCUAUCUUGGAAAUUCUACACCUGAUCUGAAAUAGAUAUGACAGAAAAAUGUUAUACAUUUUUUUUAGCUAAAACUGAAAAAGUAUUUAAAUAAUGAAAUUGUGAAAGUAUAUAUAAAUAUAAAAUCUUAUAUUAAUAAAAAUGAUAUCAAAAGUUAA